GUACUCGUUGCAAGUUUCAGAACUUAGAAAGGUGCAGCGACGCGAUUGAUCGGUCCUGCCCAUGGACCUCUGCGGACUUGACCUGGGUGCACGGGCACCCUUGCUUGGUCGGAUUGUCCCUUCUUUGUAAUAUCGCAACCUUAAAGAAUAGCGACGCGAUAUACUGUGUCUUGCGCCCGGCGAACUCGGACUUGCCGAAUUGAUGUUGCCGGGCGCGAGCCCACGACAAUAUGACUUACUUUUAGAGUUAAGUCAUUGUUGUAAAGUGCAUGAGACAAGGUGAUACAUAAGGAACGCGUGAAAUCUGCGACUUGGGACUCACGCAGGAACAGUGACCAGCGGCCCAAUCCCGCGAACCCUCCUCCCGGUUCAAAACCGACCGCGGCAACGUGCCAAACCCGCGCUGCACUAAAACACGGUUAUCCUUUACACCGAACCUCUGAACAACCCUGCCAAAAAUGAUGCUGAAGGCCUCUACCGUGACCACUCUGCCCGCGCGCAAGGGUGUCCGCGCCGUGGCUCGCUCGGCUGCUCUGCCGGUGCCCGUUAACAAGCGUGCCGUUCUGGUGCGCGCUGAGCCCGAGAGCUCGACCUCGGCUGAGGAUCCCUCCGUCAAGCUCCAGAAGCAGGCCGAGGAGGUCCUGAAGCAAGUGCAGGGCAAGUGGGAGAGCACCGACGACUCGGAGAAGCCUGCUGCCAUUGCCAUCAUCGUUGGUGUCAUCGUGGCUCAGAUUGCCAUCGGCGCCACCAUCGACGCUGUUGACAAGAUCCCCAUCGUCAACAAGGGCCUGCAGCUGAUCGGUGUGGCCGUCACCGGUCUGUUCACCUACCGCUACUUCACUGACCCCGCUGAGCGCGAGAGCGUCAAGAAGAGCAUUGACGCGUUCGUCAAGUCCGUCACCGGCGAGAAGUAAACUGCCUGGGGAGGUUGCUCUUGCUUGAGUAGCGGCUCGCCAUCAUGUGACGCCUCGUUCGCCACGUGGGGCUCUAUGAAUGGGGGAUGUACAGUGGUAGAGGCGGGCGGACGGGUGUGAUACCCCGGUGUUUUGGCCGUGUGCAAUUCUGCGGGCCUGUGUAGAUUAUUGCAUUUUUUGGACGCGGAUGCUGUUGUCCCGCGGUAAAUUUUUGGCCCGUCUCUGUUCUAGGCUCGGACCAAUAGAACGCUGAUUGCGCUAUGCCGGCGAUGAACGUCACGAGUGUGGGUGAGAGCUGCUUUAUUCGUACCUUGACAGCCUGCGUCGCUGGGCCAGAAGAGAGCGCGUUAUGAUUGUGCGCGCAUAUUCUGUGUAACCUAAGAGAGCAUCACGACCCGGCACUGCAUGCGGCUGUCAAGAUGCAAGGGCUGCAGGGCUAUCAUGGUAGGGGAAUAAGGGAGCGACAGGGCAACAGUAAGCCUGACGUGGAGGGUACGUGCGGGGAGGUGCAGAGACGAUUUGGCCGGCAUACGGCCCGUGCGGGCAGCACAGGGCAGCAUACCAGCAGUGGGCCAGUGGCUACCGGUACUGCAAGUGGCUGAAGCAGGAAACGCCGUAAAGGACUAAGUGACGAGCUGGGGCUUGUCUCAGGGACUUGCGCGCCGUCAGGCCUUCCACACUGGCGCAACUGCAGUGGUCAGUAUCGCAAGUGGUCCAUACGCAAAUACGACUACACGUUUUGUGAGUCUUGUGGUGCUGCCGCCGCCUCCCCUUUCCAAUGCAAUGUAAGGUGUGCAACAU